AUGCAUUUGUUCAUGGCGGUGUCGAAGAGCUCCGGCACCCUGCGGGACCUCCAGCUGGCUCUGCAGCUGAAGAUCGAGGAGCUCCGUCAGCGGGACUCUCUGAUCGACGAGCUGGAGCUGGAGCUCGACACCAAGGACGACCUCAUCCGCCGGCUGCAGGUGGAGCUGGACCGGCACCGCAGCGCCACGCAGCAGGCGACCGCCGCCGCCACCGGGGGGGAGACGGCCAGCACAGGAGACGCUGUUCAGACGCCACCGGCUCCCGAUGAACCUCAACGCAUAAAGAGACAGGCGAUCUCUGCAGAACCCACAGCGAUGGACCCGUCACAGCUCACCGGAGUCACUCUGAAGAGCUACUGCAAGACCAAAGAGUCCAAUGAUCUGAUCCAGAGGGCUCUGAUGGACAACGACUUCAUGAAACAUCUGGAGCACGGACAGAUCCUCACCAUCAUGGACUGCAUGCAUCCAACCAGUCUGACCAAAGGCUGCUGUGUGAUCCAGGAGGGAGAUGACGGCUCCACGGUCUACGUUCUGGAGGAGGGGAUGGUCGAGGUGACGAAACAAGGAAAGACUCUGUGCACCAUCGGUCAGGGGAAAGUGUUUGGAGAGCUGGCGAUCCUGUACAACUGCACUCGCACGGCAACUGUAACAGCUCUGACCGACAUCAAGCUCUGGGCGAUCGACCGACAGGGUUUCCAGACCAUCAUGAUGAGGACUGGUCUCAUCAAACAUUCCCAGUACACAGACUUCCUCCGCAGCGUUCCCUCCUUUCAGUCGCUGCCGGAGGACGUUCUCAGCAAACUCGCUGAUGUUUUGGAGGAGACUCAUUACAGCGACUGUGAUUACAUUAUCCGUCAGGGAGCCACCGGAGACACAUUCUUCAUCAUCAGUGAAGGACAGGUGAAAGUGUCUCAGCAGAACUCAGAGUGUGACGAGCAGCAGGUUGAGAAGACGCUUUCUAAAGGAGACUGGUUUGGAGAGCAGGCUUUGAAAGGGGAGGACGUCCGGACAGCCAGCGUCACCGCUGUGGGAGACGUCACCUGUCUGGUCAUCGACAGAGAGUCGUUCAAACAGCUGAUCGGAGGUCUGGACGACGUCAACAACAAGCAGAGUGACAGUGACGAGGUCGAGGCCAAUGUGCAGGCAGAGGCAGAUUUCUUUUCCAGAGUGUCACUUAGUGAUUUUAACAUCAUCUGCACUCUGGGGAUGGGAGGCUUCAGUCGAGUGGAGCUGGUGCAGCUGAAGAAUGAUUCCAGCCGAUCGUUCGCCCUGAAGGUGUUGAAGAAACGUCACAUCAUGGACACCAGCCAGCAGGGACACAUCCUGUCGGAGCGCCGCAUCAUGAUGGAGGCUCACAGUCCGUUCAUCAUCAGGUUGUAUCGGACCUUCAGAGACUCUAAAUAUCUCUACAUGCUGCUGGAGGCUUGUCUCGGAGGGGAGUUGUGGACGGUGCUGAGAGACAGGGGAUCGUUCGACGACGGCAUCACCCGAUUCUACACCGGCUGCGUCAUCGAGGCGCUGGCUUUCCUUCACUCCAGAGGGAUCAUCUACCGAGACCUGAAACCCGAGAACAUCAUCCUGGACCACCGAGGAUACGCCAAGCUGGUGGACUUUGGAUUCGCUAAGAAAGUGGGUCUGGGGAAGAAGACGUGGACCUUCUGUGGGACUCCGGAGUACGUGGCCCCAGAGAUCAUCCUGAACAAAGGACACGACAGCUCAGCCGACUGCUGGUCUCUGGGGAUUCUGGUCUUUGAGCUGCUCAGUGGAAGUCCUCCGUUUUCAGGCUCUGAUCCCAUGAAGACCUACAACAUCAUCCUGAGAGGCAUCGACAUGAUCGAGUUCCCAAAGAAGAUCACCAAGAGCGCUGCGAACCUCAUCAAACGCCUCUGCAGGGACAAUCCUUCAGAGAGGCUGGGGAAUCAGAAGAAUGGAGCGAAGGACAUCCAGAAACACAAGUGGUUUGAAGGCUUCAACUGGGACGGCCUCCGUCAGGGAACCAUCGCCUCUCCGUUCACGCCCACGGUGGACGGACCGCUGGACAACAGCAACUUUGACUAUUUCCCAGAGGACGCAGAGGAGCCUCCUCCUGAUGAAGAGUCCGGGUGGGACCUGGAGUUUUAG